GAUGAAGUGCUAUUCUCCACAAGCACUGACGCAGCACAAUCCGCCACACAGAUCGGCAGCUCCCGUCUUUUCACACACGUUUACCUGCAUGUUCCCUAAAACAACAAUGCUCAUUGAUGAGAUGGAUCCUUGCUGGACUGAGUUCACUCUCCUGCUGAAACUGAAACUGAAGAGUGACAACCCUCUGCAGGAUGAGGACCGGAGUUGCGCUGCUGGCCGCGGGGUUGUGUCUGUUGAAUGUCACAGCUUCACUGAAAAUCUGCGCUUUUAAUAUUCAGAGCUAUGGCGAAGCAAAGGCCAACAACCAGAAGGUUAUGGGGAUUCUAAUGAAGAUCCUUUCUCGAUGCGACUUGUGUCUUAUUCAGGAGGUCCGAGACUCUAAAGGAGCAGCGAUACAAACUUUGGUUCAAGAUCUUAACAGACUGGACAAAUCCAACCCAUACUCCUAUGUGGAAAGUGAAAGGCUGGGGAGGAAGAGCUACAAGGAACAGUAUGUCUACCUUUACAGGAGCAAUGUGUUGACGGUCAAACAGGUUUACCAGUAUCCUAAACUGGAUGAAGGGACCAAUGAAACCGAUGUUUUCUCCAGAGAGCCGUUCAUCGUCCGCUUUCACUCCCCCACAACGUUGGUGAAGGAUUUUGUCCUGAUUGGCCAACACACAUGUCCAAAAACUGCCAUGAAGGAGAUUGAUAAACUCUACACAGUCUUCACAGGAAUUUACAAGAAGUGGAAGACUGAUAAUGUGAUGAUCCUGGGGGACCUGAACGCCGGCUGCAGCUACGUCACCAUCAAGGGCUGGAGAGCCGUCCGCUUGAGGAGUGACCCCAGGUUCCUCUGGCUGAUUGGAGACGAACAAGACACCACUGUCCGGAAGAAGACGCACUGCGCCUACGACAGGAUUGUUGUCCACGGACGUGAAAUUAUUUCCAGUGUAGUUCCAGGUUCGGCUCAACCGUUCAACUUUAAAGAGGAUUUCCAUCUCACUGAGGAGGAGGCUCUUGAGGUGAGUGAUCAUUUUCCAGUAGAAGUUGACCUGAAGCCCAACCACCGCUACCUCCUUCGCCAUGAGCUGUAAACCAGUACGGACAACCAUUAACAAACCAGGACAUCUUCAGUAUGACUAGUUUUAUCUGAUGGAAAUAAAUAAAUCGAAGUCACAACCAGAACAUUUACUGUACCAUUCCUUUAUAAUGACUGAUAAAAACACCAAUAAACAUGAGCUGUUUU